AGCGUUCUUGUAGUGCGCUUAGGAGGACCGAGGGGCUCCUGGCGGACAACAUGCAGGCGGGCCGUUGGCUGGUCCCGGGGCUGUCCCUGGCCCUCGGGGCCGGGCUGGGGGCGGGGGCCGUGGCCUGGCUGAAAAGGAAGGCUAGCCCGGGAGUCGGAGGGCUCUGGAGCCGGCUCCCAGUGCUGCCUGUGGCGGCAGCGGCGGCGGGGCCCGUGGUGCCCGCGGGGGGCCCGAGCGAACUCGCCAAGUACGGGCUGCCGGGGCUGGCGCAGCUCAAGAGCCGGGAGUCCUACGUGCUGUGCUACGACCCUCGCAGCCGCAGCGCCUUGUGGGUCAUCGAGCAGCUGAAGCCUGAGAAGCUGCGGGGCCCCGGAGACCGCCAGACCUGCGGCUUCCAGGAGGAUGACUCCGUACACGUCUACCACCGGGCCACCAACGCCGACUACCGGGGCAGUGGCUUUGACCGAGGCCACCUGGCAGCCGCCGCCAACCACCGCUGGAGCCAGAAGGCUAUGGAAGACACCUUUUACCUGAGCAACGUGGCGCCGCAGGUCCCCCACCUAAACCAGAACGCCUGGAACAAUUUGGAAAAGUACUGCCGAAGUCUGACCCAAACCUACCACAAUGUCUAUGUCUGUACUGGUCCUCUCUUCCUACCCAGGAGGGAAGCAGAUGGCAAGAUGUAUGUGAAGUAUCAGGUGAUUGGCAAGAACAAUGUUGCAGUGCCCACCCACUUCUUCAAAGUGCUGAUCCUGGAGGCUCCUGGGGGGCAGAUCGAGCUUCGUUCAUAUGUGAUGCCCAAUGCACCUGUGGAUGAGAAUAUCCCAUUGGAACGCUUCCUGGUUCCAAUUGAAAGCAUCGAGCGGGCCUCUGGGUUGCUCUUUGUGCCCAACAUUCUCACCCGGACGGGCAACCUGAAGGCCAUUGCCUCUGGGGCUAAGUGAAGGCAUUGAGGGCUCUGGAGAGGGACAGAAUAAGGGGCAACUCAGUACAGUGGAUAGAGUAUUGGACAGAGCAAUGGGAUUUCGAGUCCCAGCUCUGCUGCUUGUCAUCUGUAUGACUUUGAGCAAGUCAUUUCCCCAUCUGUAUAAUGCCAGAAUUCCUAGGGCUGGUGGGUACUUGAACCUUCCCUAUGUUUUCCUGGGCAUCCUUGGAGGCUUAAGGGGUUGGGAGGAGUUUGAUUCUCUUGGCUAGAGGUGCCUUCCUCCUGAGUACCUAGGCUUGUCCUUGGUCCUGAUUCUAGGGGACAGAUCUGGCUAGGGCUCUUCAACUCUGUUGGGGGAGAUCUGUCUUUCCUAAGACUGUUUCAGGGGAUUCUUGGGCACCUGAUGUUUGGGUAGGGGAGAGUCAAACAUUGUGGCUUAUAUUUCAUAGAACCUACUUUUAGUAGGCUAGAGGGGAUACCCCUUCUACCCCUUGAAGUAAAAUUUCAUCUUUGUAAUAAAGAAAAGGUUUGCUGCUACUCAUUGGUUGUGAUCUGUGGCCUAUUGGACAUGGAGGGUGGGCAACUAGAUACAUUUAGCUAAGAGGAUCAGAAAAUCCCAAGAACUCUACAGCUUGUUAGAGUCAGCCAGCACCAUUGGGCACCUUCAUCACACUUGGGAAACCCCGCUCUGUUUUCAUCCCUGCUGCCUGGGGCUGGAAGGUCUUUGGGUCUUCUGGCAAAAUCAUUUUGUCUUUUUGAGCUUCAUUUUCCCAUCAGAAAUGAGAGGGUUGGUAAGACAAAAAGAAUUUUUUUAAAUUUUACAGUGUUCAAGCAUAGUUAUGGUAAAAAUUCUAUUUCUCCAAUCUAUACCAAGUUACUAAGAAAAUAUGUAUCAGAAUAACAACAUUUCUGUGGAGGUCAAGGGUAAAUUUAGAGUUGGGUAAAGUAAAAGAAUUCAAUUGAGGAACAAAAGGUCAAGAAUAUCCAAGAAAUAAUGAAAAAGUAGGAAAGAAGUUGGUUUGGUAUUGCCAGAUCUCAAAUUAUUCAAGUAGAAAUGAACAAAUCUGUUUAGUAUGGGACAAAAGAAAAUCUCAGUGGAAUAUAUUAGCUAAACAAGACUUAGAAGGGACACCAUGCUUUAGAAUUUGAUGAACAAAGGACACCAUUCCCAGAAUCAUUUUGGGGAACUUCCUCCAGACCCAGUCCAUUAGCCUUGAAGAAUAAUACUAGCCUUGGCAUUUUCUGGAAAUACCUCUCCUUUUCAGAAUGAGAAUAAGGUUGGGAUUACUGAAUAGACAGUCCUGGGAGGGGGCAAAUGUUAAGUCCCCAAGAAAAGGCAGUUCAAAUUUCUGCUUGAACACAAAGUGAUGAGGGGCUUGCUAUGAUGUGGAGUCAUUUUUAUUUUUGAAGUAAUUUUUUUAUACAAAAAGGAUUGUAUCUUACAUUCUAUGUCUUAAUAGCUCUUAAUGUUCGUGUUAUUGAGCAGAAAUCUGCCUCUGUAACUUCCUGUGAUUGGUUCUGGUUUUACUUUUUUUAAGCUACAAUGAACAAUGUAACUGAUGUUUAGAUCUUUUCUAGGUUAAACAUCCCAAUUCUUUCAACUCUUCCUCUCAAGGGUCAUGGUAUUGAGUUGUCUCAGCAUGCUGUAAAUCACUGACUGAGGUGAUGAUGGGUCCAUCAGCUCAUUUGCAUGUGAAUUAUGAAGGAAAUAGCUGUUAGAUGACAAGUCAAGUAAAUAUUUGGGGACUAUGGAAAAAUUAUUUAAGUACUGGUAGCCAUGCCUGAUAGAAAUACAGAAUUUUAAAAUUUCACAUUUUUGCUCAGAGAUAGAUUACUGUUUGCAAGGAGAUUCUGGUUUGAGGUUAUUAGAAGCAUAACAUUGCGAGAGGAGAGAGGAAGGAUGGGAAAUGAUUUAAUGAAUAUAGAAACAGGAGAGGAGACUGUCCUGAACACAAGGGGAGCUGAUGGGAGCUGAUCCAAGCUGACAGUUGGAAUCUACAGCUGGUCUUUUGGCAUAGAAAUAGUGCUUUGCUGAAAGCUUAUUGGCUGGAGAGAAACAUAAGAUUGCCCUUUAGCUCCUUUUAACCUGAGAGGUGGAGACCUUUUGGAGGCAUUCUAGGUCCUAUUCUGUCCUCUCUUGUUUUAGCAGGGGAAUAGAGGAAGAAAGAUAAGCUUUGCAUCUACUUUGCUAUGAGAUGGUGGCUUUUUGCUAAGAGUUGAUUAGUUAAAACCGAAUCUCCUAUUUGAGGAGCUAGGUGGCAAACUAAGUUUACACAGCUUGAGAGGGGAAAAGUACUUGAAACAGAUCUCUUAGAGCUUUGCAGUUUUCUGGUUUUAGGGAAUUGCUUUUCACUGAAAGAACACUCUUACUAUCCUGUCAAGUGAGCUUGCCAUUGUUUCAGUGACUGCAGAGAGCAGAGAAGCAGUUUUGGUUAGCAAGAGACCUGUGAGGACCAGAUAGCGGGAAAUUUUGCCAGCAGGUGACUUAUGGUGCAGCGGGCACCAUCUCUAAAGAGACUACAGACAUUUUGGCCCACUUUCCAGCUAUGAAUUGCCCUAAACAUGUGGGUUUCUCUAUUCAUAUGCCUCUGCUAAAGUGUUUUUAAAUAUGUGCCCACUCUCCCCCACUAGCACAAUGCAUUGGUGGGAAAGUGUGACCUGGGUUUAUGGAUGGGCUGCUACAUUUCAGACAUUUCUGCUGCUCUUUUUGAGUAAACAUUGAUUAUCUUGCUUUCUGUUGAGUAAAUGUUAUGAUUAUGCAUGCAGAAUAAAUGUUUUGAUUAUUA